GUUCCGGCAGCCACCAACGCCGCAUGUUGACUGUAUCGACUCGCCGUCUGUUUCACGUAGUGUGGCGCAGCAACAGUUGUGCUGUCAGAAGAUGCUGAAGGUGUGACACAGCAUCAGAGUUGUCUUUAACAACAAUCUACGUCUCCAUGCUUACAAGAAAAUGACAAUACGAUGGUAUCCAAAAUGCAAAUUAACACUGAAGCAUGCUUUCAUCUAUAUGAAUGUAUUUUGUGUAACUUGCAUCCUAUACUUUAUGAUGAGCACAGGACCGAUAAAGGAACGGAAGCCCUUUCUCAAAUUUCAUCCAAGAGAAUUUUCAAACUCCUCCCGCAAAACCAUACUUCUUUGGACGUCAUUUUUCGGGGCAAGGAACUGGAAUGUGAACAAUUUUAAUUUACCUAAAUGUAAAAAAUAUUCGCCAAAAGCAUGUGAUCUGACAAGAGAUCGAUCUCGUCUUGGGACAAGUGCGGCUGUUCUAUUUCAUUUAGGGAACCUGGCUUCAGUUCCUUCGAUUAGAAGAACGGAACAAAUCUGGGUUCUCUUCAAUAUGGAGCCACUUCCAAAAAUUCGCCGAGAUCUAAAACAGUACAAUGGUGUUUUCAAUUGGACAAGCUGGUACAGGAGGGAUUCAACAGUGCCUAUGUAUUACGGAUGGGUUGAAACAAAACUUAAUCAAAGUGGGCUAAUACACAAAGAUAUAUUCGCGGAAAAAACAAAACUGGCCAUCUGGGUAGCCAGCAACUGCAAAGACGAUGCCCAGCGAUACAGAAUAGUGAAGAAGCUGCAACAAUAUUUGCCCGUAGAUACCUACGGGGAAUGUGGUGAUCUGUCCUGUGACAAAAGGGACAAUUGUGAUGAAAAAUUUAAAAAAUAUAAAUUUGUGCUUUCGUUUGAGAACAGCCACUGUGAAGAUUAUAUUACUGAGAAAUACUGGCUGGGGCUACAAAGGAAUCAGAUCCCUGUUGUGUAUGGUGGAGGUGAUUAUGAAGCGAUGGUGCCCCCGCGUUCUUUCAUCAAUGUCAGGGAUUUCCCAACCAUCUCAGCACUAGCGACCUACAUGCUCAAAGUGGCUCAUAACAGGACUUUAUAUAACAGCUAUUUUGAUUGGAAGAGAAAAUAUUACCUCCCGCCAUGUCUGGAAACCAUGAAUUGUUUUGACUUAGAGAACUAUUUCUGUUCGCUGUGCGGAGCUCUGCACGACCGGGGCAUACCUGGCCAAACGUACGCCAAUCUCCAUGAGUGGGCGACGGAUGACAACCCGCAGUGCAAAGAGUACUCGCGUUUCAGAUCUUGGUGGAACAGCUUAUCGAGGAUCAUGUUCCAGAUCGGACUCUGAGUGAGGAGUGAAUGUGUGGUUUGCCCGUCUAGCCCAUGUUUCUGACGCUCAAUCAGUCAUGUGACCACUCACAGGCGAUCCCUUGGAAGCCCAGCCAAAGACAAUCCUUUGUCCUUUCUGAAAAGAUCUGCUUGAAUGGCAUUUUAGAAGUAGGCGAGUAACAGUGAAGGCAGGAUACAUUCCUGGGUGACAGCUUCGUAUUCUAUUAUGAUACGAACUUCUGUGCAGGUCCUUAUUUAAACGUCACUCAUGCUUGACGACGGUAUAAGGAUAAUAAUGGAAUAAGAAGUUGUCAUUCAAGAAGGUACCCUGUACAUGUAGCAGGAGCGGAACCAGGAUUUUGGAGAAGGGUGGGGGGUGCGCAUAAAUCAUGAAGCCCAAAGGUCAGGAGUAAAUGCGCGCACCCCUGCAUCACACACACACACGCACGCACGCACGCACGCACGCACGCACGCACGCGGAUCCGCCCCAGUAUGGAGAAGCUAUAAAGUUUUCUAUCAGGGAAUGAAUCACCAGGCUACCACGCAACGAUCUGCGUGACAGGAAUUCGUCACACCGUACCAUCCCGCAGGAACAGCGCAAAUACUUCCAACUGAUGGGUCACGUACAAUAAGCACAUCAUCGUGUACAUGUAAACUUACCUAUGGACAACUACAGUUUGACCAGUCGGUCAGUCAGAUGUAUGACAGUAACAGGCCAUCAUACCAAAAUACAUCCAGGAUAAUUCGUUUCCUUGGGCAAAAUAUUCUGUAACUUAAUAUAUUUCUAACAUGAUGUAGGUAUGUGGCAACAGACCUGGAUUCAAGAUACCAAGGUAAAAGUGGAGUAUGGUAUGUAUUUGGAAUGAGUUUAAGAUAUGGUUUGUACUAUGACUGCAAAAUGACCUAUGCAUCUUAAACGUACAGCUCACUCACGCACAUGAAUGACUUUGUAAAGAGUGUGUGUGCGCGCGUGCGUGUGUGUGUGUGUGUGUGAGAGAGAGAGAGAGAGAGAGAGAGAGAGAGAGAGAGAGAGAGAGAGAGUCCUAUUUUCUACAUUAUGAGUCCAUAAACAUAUACGUUAUGGUUCUGAUGACAGCAAUCUCGAACUUAGGUUGCAUAGUCAGGGCUUCUAUUUUAUUUUCUACAGUUUAUAGUACUAUAUAGUAUGUCGUUUUGCCAUUGGAUAACUAAGGAAAAUAUGUGUUGUGAAUGAAAGUAUGAGUAGAUUUUAAUUUAAACCAUAAAGAUAAUCACAGACACAUGUAUGUUCUUUACCCAAUAUACCGGUUCUCAGAAAUAGAUAUGGCAAUACGUAUCGUUUGAAAAGCGUAUUGUGAUAUACUGGUAAUACCCGGCAGUCCUAUACAUGAGUGGUUUUCUUAUUUUGUAUUUUAGGAAUAGACUAUGUUGAGUAAUGUUUGCUGAUGUACAAGAUACACUGUGGGGCAAGAAUAAAGUAUUCAUCCAUGUUUGGUCAAUGAAUUCGUAUUUGAAUCUCGUAUCCUAGUUGUACUCAGGACCAUAAUUCUGCAAUGAUUCUGAGACUGUUUUCAGCCUGUUAUUAUGACGAAACGCCCACUCGUUUUAUUUAGUUUAUUUCAUGUACUAUUCAAUUUAUUUCAUGUACUAUUCAGUUUAUUUCAUGUACCAUCCAGUUUAUUUCAUGUACUUUUCAGUUUAUUUCAUGUACCAUCCAGUUUAUUUCAUGUACUAUUCAGUUUAUUUCAUGUACUAUUCAGUUUAUUUCAUGUACUAUUCAGUUUAUUUCAUGUACCAUCCAGUUUAUUUCAUGUACCAUCCAGUUUAU